AUGGAUAUGAUCAAAUCAAAUACCACUGUGACUGAAUUUGUGUUCUUGGGGCUCUCAUCUCAACCAAGGACACGACUCAUACUUUUUAUUAUGUUCCUGUUCUUUUAUUUAUUAACGGUGGCUGGGAAUGUUAUUAUUAUAACUCUUAUCCAGAUAGAACCUCGUCUCCAAACACCCAUGUACUUCUUCCUCACUAAUUUAUCCUUCCUGGAUAUCUGCUACACAUCCACCAAUGUUCCACAAAUGUUGUCCAACAUGGUGGGCAAAAAGAAGACCAUCCCAUUUGCCAGCUGUGCUACUCAGAUGUACUUCUCUCUCUCCUUUGGAAUGAUUGAAUGUGUCCUCCUUGGAGUGAUGGCUUAUGACAGAUAUGUUGCCAUCUGUCAUCCUCUUCAUUAUACAGUUAUCAUGGACCGAAACACCUGUGUCCAACUGGCAGCCAUUUCAUGGUCCAGUAGCUUCCUGAGUUCUAUGGUUAUCAAUGUUCUCACCUUGACUUUGCCUUACUGUGGGCCCAAUGUCCUGAAUCACUUCUUUUGUGAGGUCCCUUCUGUCCUGAGGUUGGCUUGCACAGACACCUCAUUCACUGAGAUGGUCGUUUUUAUCUUCAGUAUCAUCAUUGUCUUCAUUCCUUUUCUCCUCAUUGUUGUUUCUUAUGCCCGGAUCCUUCAGUCGGUUCUCAGGAUGCGGUCAGCAUCUGGAAGGUACAAGGCACUGUCUACUUGUGCCUCCCACCUGACGGUGGUGGCUUUAUUCUAUGGAACCGCCAUCUUCAUGUACAUGAGGCCCCAGUCAAAGUCCUCCAGGGCUGGGGGCAAGAUCAUUGCUGUCUUUUACACUGUGAUCACACCCAUGCUCAACCCCCUGAUCUAUAGCCUGAGGAACCAGGAUGUGAAGGGUGCUUUGCGGAGAGCUAUUACAAAGCAGAGGACUUGA